GAUGGGUAAUACACAAGGAGACUGAUCCGGCGGCUGCUCUCAGGGAUCCCCGCUCGAUUAAACCAUGUCUACAGGUGUUGGUGGCCGUCAAAAAACACUGGCUCCUAUUAGCCAAGGAGGGACAUCAAGCAAAUUAAAUGUGACUGCACCCGCACCUGCAUGUCUGACGUAUCAGCUACCAGGCAGUGAUAUAAAAUACCAUCUUCCACAGAAACAAAUAUUGCCAAGUGUUGUAAAGAAUGACAGAUACCUGUCCAACUGGCCUGGGCACGUGGAUGGACAGAUUGUCCAACAAAAACAAACAUUUCACCAAUCAAAUGUCAACAGAUACCAUGGAUUUGAUAGUCCAAAUACAAACAAUUUUCCGAAACCUCGAUUCCUGGAACAGCUGGAAACACACCUGAGGAAAGAGCUCCAGGUCUUGGACAUGAGCGGGCCCAAUGCUCAGGAAGUAAACCUCCAAGCUUACCGUGAGGUCUUUGAAUAUUUCAUCGAGGAUUUAACAACCUACAAACCGUUGCUAUCAGCCAUAAAGAAUGAAUAUGAAAUUACCCUAGUUCACCUUCGAAACCGAAUCCGUGAGUUGGAGCCUCUGCAAAGCAUGCUGAUUGCCACAUCAGAGACCUGUGAACAGAGGAUUAUUGCUCUACAAGAAGAGGAAAGGUUCGAGAUACAAUCACUGAAGAAUGAAAAAAUACAGUUACUGGACAGAAUUGAUAAUUUACUGAGGGUGCAAGAUUCCCUAGAGACCCAGGUCAGUAAACUUAAGGAAGAACUGGCAGCUGAAUAUGAACGAUAUCGAGAACAACAUGAUGCACGUAAACUUCUGAUUUCAGAUAUGAAUAAUCUCCGAUCUCAACAAGAAUGGUCAAAAGAUUCUCAUAAACAAGAAGCUGAAGCAGUUGAGGACACAGUAAAGCUGAAACUGGCACUGAAGGUGGCUCGUGAGGACCUCAAAGCAUUGCAAGUGGAGCUAAAUGCAAUGAAGGCAGAGUAUGGGGAUGUGAUUCCCAGAAGGGAUUUUGAGGCAUUGGAUAAAAACUAUAAUGAGCUAACUGAAAAGAAUGAAAGUCUCCAGAAGCAGUAUUUUCAGAUGAAACAGGAGUACACCACUCUGUUCGAAGUUAACAAGCAUAUUACUCUUCAACGAGACAAGCUGAGCGCAGAAGUUGAAGUAUUCAAAACUAAGAUGGCAGUUGGCCUGUCUUUAAGUCAGAUUGAACAUACUCCAGUUGAAGCUGAUGAAGACUACUUUGAGGGGCUGGGUACUGGAGAAGAUGUUAUUGUAUAUCUGCGUCAUGAUGGUCUAAUCAAGAACGUGAAUUUGGCCAAGAAAAGCAUAACCCAAAUGCUGAAGGAAAUCUGGAAAGAAAAGACGGCAGCAGAUCUCCAGAGUGGAACAAGGUCCAGCCUUCCUGAGUUUUUCCAUAACUUCCUCCAGAAGAAGUAUGGAGAUUCUGCUCUGCUUUGGGCCUACAACAUUUAUUAUGGCUGCAGGAAUCAUCAGAAAGAUGAAUUCAUCAGUUUGUUUUUCAGCAUUCUGAACGGAAUUGUGGAUGAAAGUGUAUACCAUGGGCAGAUUCAACAUAUUUCACAUGUGCUGAAAGAACUGAAAUCUCAUGACACCUCCAAAAAAGGAAUUCUUUCCAAACAGGAGUUCAGUCAAACCUUGAAGACAGCCCUCCCCAACAAGAAUGAAAAAUACAUCCAAGAACUGAUUGUUGCUGCAACAGCCGAACUUGGAGAUGACAAAAAAAUUAAAUAUAACAUCUUAUUUGAAGAGAAUACAGAAGGCACAGCAGGGGCUUUUGUUGCAUUGCUGCAAAGACAAUAUGCAGCAGAGAAAACCAAGUACCUCGAUGAACUAAGAAAUAAUUUGGAAGAGAAAGAGGAGCUAACUGUAGCUGACCUAAAAAGGGCAUUUCAAAAAGUUGACCCUUCUAUGGAUCCGCAAAUACUGGCUACAUAUUUAGCUCAAGGUUUCCAAACAACGAAGGAACAACUUGAUCAAGCUACUGCUGUGGACACUGACACUGUUUUAGACAGACUACAAGCAAGUGACAUAAAGAGAAUAGGACCUCAAAAGUAGUACAGAAGGAUACUGCAUUUCAGGUUUUUAAAGGAAAAAACCAGUUCUGAUGAGUACCACCUUAUUUAAUGUUAAUAUUUUAAAAAGCAAUUGACAAUAUGCUAUUUUUAAAUUGAUAAUUAAAUGUAUAAAGGGCCAUAAAAAGUACACUUGUAUUCAAUUUCAGUAAACAUGCACAAUCUGUUUAAAAAAAGUGGAUGCUGUCAGUUCCUAAAUGAUAAUAUCGAUACAGAUUUAUAGUAAUUCAGCUCUUAAAUAGCACAUCAAUGCAACUUUGAGAAUAUCCUUACAGUAUGCAUGUUAAACAUUGACAUAU